GAGGAAGAAGAAGAGGAUGAAGAAGAAGAAGAAGAGGAUGAUGAAGAAGAAGAGGAUGAGGAUGAUGAAGAAGAAGAGGAUGAGGAUGAUGAAGAAGAAGAAGAGGAUGAUGAUGAAGAUGAAGAAGAAGAAGAAGGAUGAUGAUGAAGAAGAUGAUGAUGAUGAUGAAGAAGAAGAAAAAGAAGAAGUAGGAUGAAAAAUAAGAGGAAUUCCAGUCCAGCAAAAAGUGUCCCUGCAGAGAGCUCCGCUAUUUCUUUGACAGUCCUUUGACAGUUCUUUGACAUUUACAGCGGUUGCAACAUUGUAUCUAUUUGUUUCCGAAUAAAAACAUCUG